AUGCCGUCUCCUUCUCCGUCUCCAGCACGCUCGCCAUCGCCAUCGCGAACGCGCAGCCCAUCUCGCGACAGGUCGCAAACACGAUCACCGAGUCGCUCUCCUUCGCCACGGUCCGGCUCGCCACGGCGCUCAGUAUCCCCACGGUCUCGAUCACGGUCUCGAUCACGUACCCGAUCCCGCUCGCCCAGAUCCCUCUCUCCCCGGCGCAAUGGCCGACGCAGCUACACACCAAACAGCAGAUCGCGCUCAAGAGGGAGGAGCUACACUCGCAGCCCCACCCCCAGGGAUGCGUCGCCAGCACCCCGCAGUGCAAAGAUUGUGGUAGAAGCCUUGACCAGAAAUGUCAAAGAAGACCACAUACGUGAGAUAUUUGGAAAGUAUGGCGUCAUCAAGGAUGUCAGGAUGCCCAUGAAUCCAACUUGUAUGCCCCCAUGUCGCACUUUCGCAGUCAUUUUACUCAUGGCCAAGCAGUCAACAUCAAUCGCGGUAUCGCAUACGUACUCUACGAGGAGAUUGACGAAGCCGAGCGUGCAAUCGCAAAAAUGCAUGACGCACAGUUGGACGGUUCCAGAAUCCAAGUUUCCAUCGUGCUCCCUCGACGUCGCUUUUCUCAAACCCCUCCCCCAGCCCGGAGAGGUCCCCCGCCAGGCGACAGAUUCCAAAACGACUUGGAUAGCGGAUAUGGACGCGGUGGACGUGGACCACGAGGAGGAGGUCCACCCGGAGCAUACAGACCACCGCCUAUGGAUGGUCCUCCACGCUACCGCUCUCCACCGCGCCGCAUGUCACCUGAUCGUGGACAGUGGGGACGAGGCAGAGGUGGCCGAGGGGGAAGAGGAGGAUGGGGAGGACGCCCACGAUCGUACACACGGUCCCGAAGCCGCUCGCCCCGAAGGAGCAUCUCACGCUCUUCUUACAGCCGGUCUCCGUCGAGAACUCCGCCAAAUCGAGGCUACGGCAGUAGGGAUAGCCCGCCACGAAGAGGUGGCCCUAGCAGCGGCACUGGCGGAGCCAGAGGACGGAGAAGCCCCAGUUAUAGCUCCUACGGCAGCGACCGCAGUCGGAGCAGAGACCGCCGAUGAUUGUACCAUCUCUUGGGCUGUAGUGUGUUGA